AUGGUCAAUGAACUUCAAGACGCUCUUGGUUCAGCUGGCUUUCCCUUGCGCAAAUGGACAUCGAAUGUGAAGAGCGUGCUCAGUUGUAUUCCAAAGAGUCAUUUACUGAAUGCUGAUUUCCUCGACAUCGAAGAGGCCAGCACAGCGAAAACACUGGGAAUCCGAUGGAAAGCGACUACGGAUGAGUUUUAUUUUGUCAUCUCACCCCAAGAUGUCAAGUCAGCUUAUACUAAGCGAGAAGUCCUCGGGCAGAUCGCCAAGAUAUUCGAUCCCGCUGGCUGGCUGGCUCCCUUUCGGGCUUAUGGUGCCGCAAUUUACGUGCGCGUUAGCAAUGACCAAGGCAUAUCAUGCUGCCUUCUUGCAGCGAAAUCUAGAGUCGCCCCGGUUAAAACGGUUUCAUUGCCCCGCCUUGAAUUAUGCGGAGCUACACUUUUAGCGGAACUGGCAGCUGCAGUUCUUCCGCAACUUCCAGUUGAUAAUGCGGAGGCUUUUUAUUGGUCAGAUUCCACCGUCGUACUGUCGUGGUUAAAUAAGCCACCCUGCACAUGGACAACGUUUGUCGCAAAUCGGGUAGCAAAGAUUGUGACGGCAACAAAUGACGCCCCAUGGAAUCACGUUCGUUCAGAGGACAACCCAGCAGAUCUCCCUAGCCGCGGCCUGAGUGCGCAGGAAUUGGUACACAAGGAUUUGUGGUGGCACGGCCCACCAUGGCUACGGGAACCACAAGAGUCCUGGCAGCGAGCGACACCACUCCCACUAGACACUGCCUUGGAGAAGCGGGUAGUGAAGGUCCACGUCGCGAUCGCUAAGCCAGCCAACGAGAUACUAUCUCGUUUUUCCAAUCUGGCACGUGCCUUACGAGUGAUAGCAUAUGUGAUCCGUUUCGGCAGAAGGUGUCGUAAACUGCCAAACGAUUACUCCGGGGAGGUGACCUCUAGCGAGAUCAAUCAAGUACUCCAGGCGUUGAUCCGAGUCACUCAGCGUGAUUACUUUCCGACGGAACAUCGGUGUCUACAGCAGAAGAAAUCUCUGCCCACGUCUAGCACCAUUCUCAAUUUGAAUCCUUUCAUUGACGCAUCAUGUGUGAUCCGAGCAUGUGGGCGCGUGCAACAAGCAGCGGCCCUUAGUUACGAUGAGCGUAACCCCAUUCUGUUGCCAGUAGUAAGUCCGUUGUCCCGGCUGUUGGUGCUUUUCACGCAUCAGAUCUCUCUCCAUGGGGGCAGCCAACUGGUAGUCCGUCUCAUCCGACAGAGAUACUGGAUUCCAAGACUGCGGAAUCUAGUAAAAUCGGUGGUCAAUUCAUGCAAAGUCUGUGUGAUUUAUAAAAGAAGGCUGCAAUCACAGCUAAUGGGCACCCUUCCGGCACAGCGAACUACUUUCGCACGACCUUUCACGACCACCGGGAUAGAUUUCGCAGGUCCUUUCGACAUCAAGAGUUUCACCGGCCGCGUUUGCCGCAUAUCAAAGGGAUAUGUGUGUGUCUUUGUUUGCUUUUCCACCAAAGCCAUUCACCUUGAGGCAACUUCGGAUUUGAGUACCGAAGCAUUUCUGGCAGCAUUCGCUCGCUUUGUAUCGAGGCGAGGGUGUCCCCAGCAAGUGCAGUCCGACAACGGAAAAAACUUCGUAGGUGCAUCCAGAGUGCUUGAAAAAGAUUUCCUAAAUUCUACCCAGCAGAAAAUAUUAUCCCACUACAGCCAUCAGAAUCUGUCCUGGCAUUUCAUCCCUCCCGGGGCACCACACAUGGGAGGGUUGUGGGAGGCUGGAGUUAAGAGUUUUAAAACUCUGUUCUACAAGGCCACUUCCAACCAAAGGUAUACUUUUGAAGAGUUCUCUACGCUGCUGGCUAAGGUAGAGGCGUGUUUGAACUCGCGGCCGAUUUCUCCUAUGUCUGAAGACCCCACCGACUCUUUAGCUUUGACCCCAGGCCAUUUCCUAGUUGGCGGUCCAUUGCUAUCCGUGACGGAACCUGAAAUCAAGGAUCAGGUACCGUCUAUCAUUAACCGGUGGCAGCGUCUGAAGGCCGUGAGUCAGCAUUUCUGCACCCGAUGGAAAGACGAGUAUCUGAAGGAGCUACAUAAGCGCAAUAAGUGGCGAUUCCCUUCUAAAAAUCUUGAAGUGGGCGAUCUGGUGGUACUCAAAGACGACAAUCUUCCAUUUAAUGAAUGGCGUCUCGGGCGAAUCCACCAGACACACCCUGGCAGUGACGGCAAUGUCCGCGUCGUCGACUGCUUACCGCUCGCGGUAUUGUGA